AUGAUUCUUCUCUCAAACAAAAUACUACAAAUAAAAGGUGUGAACCGAGCACCAAACAGUUUACUAUUGGAGACCCUCUUAAUAUAUCAAAUGUUCAAAUCAGAGAUUUGUUGUCAAGCAAUAGAACAAAAAACGAAUUAUCAGAGUAUUUGUCAAAAAAAUGCCUGGACUCAGAUUCGUUCAACAACAAAAAACUUUUUGCAUCUUGGAACAGAAGCUGCAUGACCAAAAGCGAAAAUAUUGAAGAUCUUGCAUCCAGCCAGGAAGAAGCUGAUACCAAAAUCAUUUUACAUGCUACAUAUGCUGCCAAUCAUGCUGAAAAAAAAAGAAGAAACAAGUAUUACUGUGUGCUCUCCGGACACCGAUGUAUUUAUUCUUCUCUUGAAGUACAGCGAAAUCUUUGGUUGCCAAAUGCAGUUUCAGACUGGAACAGGAGCAAAAAAGAGAAAUGUUGAUAUAAACAAGAUAGGCCAACAGCUCACGUACCUACAGAAAGGCUUUACACGCGUUUCAUGCGCUAUUAGGCUGCGAUGUCACAGGAGGGUUUGCAAAAAAGGCAAACUGAAGUUUUUUAAAGCGUUUCAAGCUGCAGAUGAUCAAAUAUUAGCUUUUUUAAUCGAUCUUGGCAAUACUGAAAUAGAAGUGGAGAAAAUAUCAAAUCAGCUAGAAAAAUUUAUUUGCAUGGUGUACAACCUAAAAGCAAAUAUAAUGACACUGGCGGAGUUACGCUGGUGGGGAUUUUCCAAACAGCAGCUGGAAAGUGAGCAGCUCCCUCCAACCCAAAGUUCACUAUUACCAGCUUUACGAAGAGCCCGAUUACAGGCAUAUAUUUGGGUAAAUGCCCAUAAAAAAACUCAAGUAGAAUUAGAACCAACCGAGUAUGGCUGGCGAAAAGAAGAGAAUGUGUUUCUACCAGUUCUCUCUGAUCUACCAAAUGUUGCGCCAAAUGAAAUUUUAAAUUUAAUCUUAAUGUGCCUGCAAAAAAAAUAGAAACAAAACAGUGCAAGUGUGUUCAAAAUAAACUUCAAUGCACGGAGAGUUGUAUGUAUGUGGACGAAAUCUGUGAGAACCACAACUCUUUUGAAAAUGAGAGUUCUGAUGAUGAAUAUUUUUUUUACCUGUAAAGUAAUUUUUAGU